AUGUGCAACGGAGGCUCAUGUACUGGUGCCGAUCAUCUCCAUCCGCAGAGCGGCCCAGUCCCACAAAUGACAUCCUAUCUUUUGCCACCGCAUGUUAACCUACAACGGGAGAUAACCGGAAUCGCGGUUCCCCUUUUGAUGGCAGCCUUCUCUUACGAUCCUUCUCCUGUUACUUUGCCUUUGGUCGACGAGUUCGCUACCCCGGACAAUAUCAAUGGUUUCAACGCAGUGAAACGCGACGAGACUUCAUGGGCCGGGGCUUUGCCCGCAAACCAGGGUCUAUACUCUAACGAGAACGAAAAAGAUGCCUGCGGUGUGGGUUUCAUCUGCCACAUAAAGGGCGAACCCUCCCACAAAAUCGUCUCUGAUGCCCGCCAACUUCUUUGCGCCAUGACCCAUCGAGGAGCAACGGGGGCGGAUAGUAGAGAUGGCGACGGCGCCGGAGUCAUGACCUCCAUCCCCCACGCCUUCUUCAAGCGUGAGGCUGAGCGUGAUUUGGGCUGCAUCCUGCCAGAGCCUGGUCAAUUCGCAGUCGGCAACGUCUUCUUCAAGGCGAACGAUGCCGUCCAGCUGCAAACGUACCAAUCUAUCUUCACCAAGAUUGCAAUCGACCUCGGUCUUCGUGUUCUCGGCUGGCGAGAAGUCCCGACCGAUGGAACCAUUCUUGGCCCAGCUGCCAGAAGCAAGGAACCUGUCAUCCUGCAGCCGUUCGUUGUUCUCCGUGCACAUUACGGUGACGGAACGACGAUUCAGGCUGACACUGGUUCGUCUUCAAGCACCCUCGCCAAGGGAUUCUAUAUUUGCUCCCUUUCCACGAAGAACAUCGUCUACAAGGGUCAACUCUCGCCUUCUCAGGUGUACAACUAUUACCAUGACUUGAACCACGUUCUCUAUCGUUCUCACUUCGCUCUCGUCCACUCUCGAUUCUCCACCAAUACCUUCCCCAGCUGGGACCGUGCCCAACCUUUGAGAUGGGCCGCUCACAAUGGUGAAAUUAAUACUGUCCGCGGGAACAAGAACUGGAUGCGGGCGCGAGAGGGUGUCCUCUCCUCCGAAUUAUUCGGCGAUCAACUCGACUUGCUUUACCCAAUUAUCGAAGCUGGCGGUUCCGACUCUGCGACCUUCGACAACGUACUCGAACUGUUGGUAGUCAAUGGCGCCGUCACACUCCCCGAGGCCGUCAUGAUGAUGAUUCCGGAGGCAUGGCAGGGCAACGAACAGAUGGACCCGGCCAAGAAGGCAUUCUACAACUGGGCUGCCUGUUUGCAGGAACCUUGGGAUGGUCCCGCUCUUUUCACCUUCAGCGACGGGCGCUACUGUGGUGCCAAUCUCGAUCGAAACGGUCUCCGUCCUUGCCGGUUCAUCGUUACCAACGACAACAUCAUCGUCUGCGCCUCUGAAGUUGGCGCCGUGUUCAUCCCACCCGAGAAGGUCGUUCAGAAGGGUCGUCUCAAGCCCGGGCGUAUGCUCCUUAUCGAUACCGUUGAAGGGAGAAUCAUUGAUGACAAGGAACUCAAGAGGAACACCGCUUCCAAGCAGAACUUCGCAUCAUGGGUCGAAACACAUAUGUUGAAUGUGCCCACCAUCAUCAAACGGGUCAAACGCAAUAACAUCUCCCUCGAGCCCAUCCUCGAUGCCACCACCCUCAGCACCGAUCCAAAGCUUCUGGCUUUCGGUUAUACCCUGGAACAGCUUCAUCUACUCCUGUUACCCAUGGUGCUCGAUGGAAAGGAAGCGCUGGGCUCCAUGGGCAACGAUGCUCCUUUGGCUGCAAUGGCUUCUCAACCGCGACUUAUCUACGAUUAUUUCCGCCAACUGUUCGCGCAGGUCACCAACCCCCCAAUCGAUCCUAUCCGAGAGAGUAUCGUGAUGUCUCUAGAGGCGUACGUUGGCCCCGAAGGCAAUCUCCUUGAGAUAAAGCCGGAGCAAUGUCACCGCAUCCUACUCCCCUCACCCCUCAUUUCUGUCGAAGAGAUGAACGCCAUGAAGAACCUCAAGGCUGCCUACGUUACUUGGCCUUCGCGCACCAUCGACAUCACCUUCCCCAAGUCUGAGGGUCUUCCUGGGUACAAGCGCGCUCUCGAACGCGUUUUCAGCGAAGCAACCCAAGCCAUCGACGACGGAGUCAAGGUUAUUAUCCUCAGCGAUCGUGCCACUGGUCCUUCUCGUGUUCCUCUGUCGGCUCUUGUCGCAUGCGGUGGUGUUCACCAUCACCUCACUGCGCAGAAGAAACGUGCGAAGGUUGCCUUGAUGAUUGAGACAGCUGAGGCUCGGGAGGUUCACCACAUUUGCGUCCUUGUUGGUUACGGUGCCGAUGCUGUCUGUCCGUGGCUUGUGAUGGAGACCCUGUACAAGGUUGAACGCGAGGGGCUGGUGAAGAACGAUAAGACAGUGGAUGAACUCCUGACCAACUAUCGCCACUCUGUCGACAAUGGCAUCCUCAAAGUCAUGUCCAAGAUGGGUAUCUCGACACUACAGUCCUACAAGGGUGCCCAGAUCUUCGAGAUCUUGGGCCUGCACAGUGAGGUCGUAGACGUCUGCUUCGUAGGCACGGCCAGUCGAGUCCAGGGUGCAACCUUCGACUUGCUCGCCAUGGACGCCUUCGAGCUGCAUGAACGUGGGUGGCCCAGCCGACAGACCAUCUUACCCCCUGGGAUGCCGGAGUCGGGCGAGUACCACUGGCGUGACGGUGGGGAGGCUCACAUAAAUGAUCCUGCCGGUAUCGCCAACCUCCAGGACGCCGUUCGCGAGAAGAACCAGUCUGCAUACGAUGCAUAUGCUCGCAACGCCAACGAGCAAACACAACACAUUCAUCUUCGUGGCCUUCUGGACUUCCGCUAUGAGAGUGCUUCCCCAAUCCCUAUCGAGCAGGUUGAGCCCUGGAACGAGAUUGUGCGCCGCUUCGUCACAGGUGCCAUGUCUUAUGGUUCCAUCUCGAUGGAGUCUCACUCCACGCUUGCCAUCGCCAUGAACCGUCUGGGUGGGAAGUCCAACACAGGUGAAGGUGGUGAAGAUGCAGAGCGUUCCAGCGUCCUGCCUAACGGUGACACUAUGCGCUCCGCCAUCAAGCAAGUCGCCUCCGGUCGAUUUGGUGUGACUGCGAACUACCUUGCAGAUGCUGACGAAUUGCAGAUCAAGAUGGCGCAGGGCGCUAAGCCAGGCGAGGGAGGUGAAUUGCCUGGUCACAAGGUCUCUGCAUCCAUUGCUCGCACCCGUCAUUCCACCGCUGGCGUGGGUCUCAUUUCACCUCCCCCACACCACGAUAUCUACUCCAUUGAAGAUCUCAAGCAACUCAUCUACGACUUGAAGUGUUCCAACCCUCGUGCUCGCGUCUCCGUCAAGCUCGUCUCAGAAGUUGGCGUCGGUAUUGUCGCCAGUGGCGUCGCCAAGGCCAAGGCUGACCACAUCCUCAUCUCUGGUCAUGACGGUGGAACCGGUGCGUCUCGAUGGACAGGUAUCAAGUAUGCCGGCCUUCCUUGGGAACUAGGCCUCGCCGAAACUCACCAGACGCUUGUCCUCAACGAUCUCCGUGGUCGUGUCACUGUCCAGACCGAUGGUCAAAUUCGAACUGGUCGGGACAUUGCUGUCGCCUGCUUGUUGGGCGCUGAGGAAUGGGGUUUCGCCACGACACCUCUCAUUGCUAUGGGUUGUAUCAUGAUGAGGAAAUGCCACUUGAACACUUGCCCCGUUGGUAUUGCUACCCAAGAUCCCCAGCUUCGUGCCAAAUUCGCUGGUCAGCCAGAGCAAGUUAUCAACUUCUUCUAUUACAUCGCAGAAGAACUUCGUGGCUAUAUGGCGAAGCUCGGUUUCCGUACCAUCAACGAGAUGGUUGGUCGAGCUGAUAUGCUGAAGGUUAACGAGAAGCUUCGCACUCCCAAGACCGCCCAUCUUGACCUCUCCGCCAUUCUGAAACCCGCAUGGCAAAUGCGUCCUGGUGCCGCCACCUACCGUGUUCGUCAGCAAGACCACAAGCUUUACAUCCGCCUCGACAACAAGUUCAUCGACGAGGCCGAACCGGCCUUGGAGAAGGGCCUUCCUGUUCACAUCGAGUGCGAGGUCACCAAUACCGAUCGUGCUCUCGGCACCUCCUUGUCUCACCGUGUCUCCAAACUAUAUGGCGAGGAGGGUCUCCCUAAGGAUACCAUUCACAUCGCCAUGCGUGGUUCUGCUGGACAAUCCCUCGGCGCCUUCCUGGCUCCCGGUAUCACUAUAGAGCUUGAGGGUGACGCCAACGACUAUGUUGGAAAAGGUCUCUCUGGUGGUCGUCUCAUCGUCUACCCACCGAAGCAGUCUACCUUUAAGGCAGAGGAGAACAUCAUAAUUGGCAAUGUCUGCUUGUACGGUGCAACAUCAGGUGAAGCCUUCAUUCGUGGCAUCGCUGCUGAACGUUUCGCUGUCCGUAACUCUGGCGCCAACGCGGUUGUCGAAGGUUGCGGUGACCAUGGCUGCGAGUACAUGACGGGCGGUCGAGUUGUCGUCCUCGGCGUCACCGGGCGCAACUUCGCGGCUGGCAUGAGCGGUGGUAUCGCUUACGUUCUCGACAUGGCCCACACGUUUGCUUCCAAGGUCAACCAGGAGAUGGUUGAGCUCGGAAAAGUCAGCGAUCCCCGUGAAAUUGCUGCGCUUCGCAGUCUCAUCGAGGACCACCGCCAUUACACUGGCUCCGAAGUUGCAGACCGUGUUCUCCAUGACUUCCAUCACCUCCUCCCUCUCUUCGUUCGCGUCAUGCCCUUGGACUACAAACGCGUCCUCGAAGAACAGGCCAUCCGCGAGAAGGAAGAGAAGUCACGCCUCAGUGUCAUCGACCUCAUCCCCUCACGCACCGCCAGCCAAGUUGAUCUCGCGUCUGACGAGAUGCAAGAUGUCCUGGUCAAACGCAAGACUCCUGUUCCUUCCGCUCCCAAGAAACACGAGCCUUCGCUCGUUGACAUGGAAGAUUCGUUGAUCGAUGAGAAUACCACCAAACAGCGAAUGAACAAGCUCGACAAGACCCGCGGCUUCAUGAAGUACAAGCGUCUUGGUGAAGCGUACCGACCACCCGUCAAGCGCAUUAAGGACUGGAAGGAAAUCUCUACUCGUCUCAACGAAAACGAGCUCAAGUACCAGUCUGCCCGCUGCAUGGAUUGCGGUGUUCCCUUCUGCCAAUCUGACACUGGUUGCCCUAUUUCCAACAUCAUCCCCAAGUGGAACGACCUUGUCUUCAAAGGUCAAUGGCGAGAUGCCCUUAACCGCCUGUUGAUGACCAACAACUUCCCCGAAUUCACUGGUCGUGUCUGUCCUGCCCCCUGUGAAGGCGCUUGCGUUCUUGGCAUUAACGAACAGCCAGUCGGUAUCAAGAGUAUCGAAUGUGCCAUCAUCGACAAAGGCUUCGAAAUGGGCUGGAUGGCCCCGCAGCCCCCCGACUUCCGUACCGGAAAGCGCGUCGCAAUCAUUGGCUCUGGUCCUGCCGGUCUUGCUUGCGCAGACCAGCUCAACAAGGCUGGACAUUUCGUCACCGUCUAUGACCGCAACGACCGCAUGGGUGGUUUGCUCAUGUACGGUAUUCCCAAUAUGAAGCUCGACAAGGCCAUCGUUCAACGACGUAUUGACCUGAUGGAGGCCGAGGGUGUCACUUUCGUCCCCAAUACCAACGUAGGCGUCGACCUUGAUGUCCACCAACUCCGUGCGGAGAACGACGCGAUCGUCCUCGCCACUGGUGCUACCUGGCCUCGCGACCUCAAGAUUCCCAACAGGAACGUCGACGGCAUCCACUUUGCCAUGGAGUACCUUCAGCUCAACACCAAGUCUCUUCUCGACUCUGAUCUGAAGGACAACACAUACAUCAACGCUAGGGGCAAGGAUAUCAUUGUCAUUGGUGGUGGAGACACCGGCAAUGAUUGUAUCGGCACUGCCAUGCGUCACGGUGCGAAGUCGGUGGUCAACUUUGAGCUUCUUCCCAAGCCACCCGUGUCCCGUGGUCGUGACAAUCCCUGGCCUCAAUGGCCCAGGAUCUUCCGUACUGAUUAUGGUCAUACAGAGGUCGCUGCUCAUUUUGGUCAAGACCCUCGGGAAUACUGUAUCUCGACUAAGGAGUUUGUUGUCGACGAGGAGGGCAAGUUGAAGGGUCUCAAUACCGUCCGCGUCGAAUGGACCAAGGACAGCGGAGGACGAUGGAAGAUGGAGGAAGUGCCCGGUUCGGACAAGUUCUUCCCCGCCCAGUUGGUUUUCCUUGCGCUGGGUUUCUUGGGUCCCGAGAACGAUGUUCUCAAGGGACUCGGCGUCAAGCAAGAUGCUCGAUCCAACGUCCAAACACCUCACAAGACGUACUCCACUAACGUCGAGGGAGUAUUUGCAGCAGGAGAUUGCCGUCGCGGACAGUCCUUGAUAGUUUGGGGUAUCAAGUAA